AAUAUUAUCACAUUUUAGAAAAUUAAAAUUAUAAUAGGUUAUAUAUAUCUCAAGCGGCUACAAAAUAUCCUAACGGAAUGCUCAAACUCAAGAGAGUCGAUAUUGGAGAAGCUAAAGUUUCGUGUCUUUCAUGUGGCUUGUUGUUUAUGUUAAUUAAAUAACUAAACUAUAGCACACAAACUUCAGUUAGUCGCUUCCAAUAUAGUAAUAAUAUACAUGAAACCCAGCGAUGUUACUUCUUAAAAACCAUGAACAUUCACAAAACUGGACAACUAAAAGAAGCUUUAAAGCUUAUUAUCUCAACCCCAGCAAGCCACUUAGACCCUUCUGUGUACAUGCCACUUUUGCAAUUUUGCGUUGAAUCCAAAGCUGAAAACCUUGCUCAUUUGAUUCAUACCCACAUUAUAACAAAUGGGUUUGAUUUUAGUUUAAAUUUGAGCAACAAAUUGAUUAUCUUUUAUGGGAAAGUCGGUGACAUGGUGUCGGCACGCAACGUGUUCGAUAGAAUGCGUGACAGAAAUGUUGUGUCAUGGACAGCAAUGAUUUCUGGGUAUACUCAGAGUGGAUUUUAUGAGGAUGCUUUGUUAGUGUUUAAGGGGAUGUGUAGAGGUGGUGUCAGGGCGAAUCUGUUCACGUUUGGUAGCGCAUUGAGGGCGUGCAUUGGGAUGGGGCGGUUGUCGAGUGGGAUGCAGAUACAAGGGUGUGUUGAGAAAGGAAGGUUUGGGGAGAAUUUAUUUGUGAAGAGCGCGUUGCUUGACUUGCACGCGAAGUGUGGAAGGAUUGAGGACGCGUGGUUGUUGUUUAAGACGAUGAAAGAGAGGGAUGUGGUUUCUUGGAAUGCUAUGAUUGGUGGGUUUUCUUUCCAAGGAUUUGUUGAUGAUUCGUUGAGGCUGUUUCGAUCAAUGAUGAGAGAAGGGUAUGUCCCUGAUUGGUUCACCCUGGGGAGUGUUAUAAGAGCCUCUAUUGCAGGUAUUGGUCUUAUGAAUGUCACUCAAAUUCAUGGAUUGAUCGUCAAACUAAGUUCUGGAUCAUCUAAUAUCUUGAUUGGUUCACUAAUUGAUGCAUAUGCAAAAUGUGGAAACAUAAGAAGUGCUUAUCAAUUAUACAAAAAUCUGGUAAAGAAAGACAUAGUAUCUUGCACUGCAUUGAUCAGUGGGUUUGCUCGUGAAAAAAAUUUUGGCGGAGAGGCUUUGGAUCUUUUCAAAGAAAUGAUUCUGAAGACAAUGGAAAUUGAUGAUGUUAUAUUAUGCUUAAUGUUUAAUAUAUGUGCCAACAUGGCAUCACUAAGCUUGGGAAAGCAAAUUCAUGCUCUUGCUUUAAAAUGCCAACCGAGCUAUGAUGUAGCUAUGGGAAAUGCUCUUAUAGAUAUGUAUGCGAAAUCUGGAGAAAUUGAAGAUGCAAGACGUGCUUUUGAUGAGAUGGGAGAGAAAAAUGUGAUUUCAUGGACAUCCUUGAUUGCUGGGUAUGGGAAGCAUGGCUAUGGGCAUAAAGCAAUUGCACUAUAUGAGAAAAUGGAAUUUGAAGGACUGAAGCCAAAUGAUGUUACCUUCCUGUCUCUGCUUUUUGCUUGUAGUCAUACUGGAUUAAAUAGUGAAGGAUGGGAAUUAUUUAAUAAUAUGGUUAGAAAACACAAAAUCGUCCCCCGAGAUGAGCAUUUUUCUUGUGUGGUAGAUCUGUUUGCACGUGGAGGGCACUUAGAAUCAGCUUAUGAUAUGAUAUGCAAGAUGAAUAUUAAGCCUAGUGCAUCACUUUGGAGUGCUAUUCUUGGGGCAUGUAUUAUCUACGGCAAUACGUCUCUUGGAGAAUUAGCUGCGAUGAAUCUUUUCAGUAUGGAGCCAGAGAGCUCAGUGAACUAUGUUGUUUUAUCAAGCAUAUAUGCUACAGCUGGCGAAUGGGACAAUGCUUGGAAAACACGGAAACUAAUGGAAGAGAGAUGUUUAAGAAAGAGCCCGGGAUCUAGCUUUUUGUAGCCUGCAAAGAGGAAGAUUUUUCUUUUGGAGCCAUGUUGGAAAGAUGCAAGUAUCUUAAUUUUCAUUCCUCUGGGAGUUGAACUUGGACUUAUUUAAGUAUGAUUUUAUUUUGAAGCUACAAAAGAUAGGAGGAAAUGUUAAUUACCUGAAAGAGUAAUCUUGUGGGAAAGGGAAUUGUGUUCGUUUAAUUGAUAAAUUUUUCUUGAAAAUUGAUAAUGAUUACCCCAGGGUGGAUGCUGGGAAUUUAGACUUGAAGGAUCAUACGAUAAGUUGUGCACAGCUAUUCUAGGUGCUUCUAACAUUUUUAGGCUUCCAUCGACUUGGUUGAAGCAGAAUUCCAGCUCUGAACUUUUCUGGGCUCUUCUUGGUGGAUGUUCUACUGGGCGUUUGGCAGCAAUACUGCACUGAGACGAAUUCAGGGAACCAUUUCCGUGGACUACUAAAGUCAAGUGCCCAAGUGAUUUUGGAUUGUUCUUUGAUAUAACUGACAUAUCUGCUGGGCGCACAGCUAGAAACUUGUUUAGUGGCGUGGCUAGCCUCCAGAUUCUUAUCUUAUUAAACUUCCUGGAUACUGAUUUUGAUCUUAUUAGUUCUAUGGAUAAACUAGAAGGUUGCUGUCCAAGUAAUAUAAUAUUGCCAUCUGCUGUUUAAAGGUUAUCACCAGAUCUAAAACACUUUAGUCGUUUGCCUAACCUUAAAAGCUUUCCUUGACUCUAAUUUGGAACUCUUCUUUGUGUACUAUAUUGUGCACAAUCUUUAUUCGGUAAUUUUGCCAGCAGAUCCCAGAGUAGGCUUGUCUGAUCCUUACUUUACUUUGAGAAUUGUCCUUUGUGCUGGUAUUGUUUAAUCAGGUGCAGCUAGGUGACCAGACACGGGGAAUGUUAAGUUACUGUAGAGUCCACCAGUGCCGUAUCAUAAUCUAUAUAUGGAACUAACAAUAGUUAUUGUGUUCUCUAGUGUUUUAGCUAGUGGUUUGCUCGAUCCUGGAGUGCUGCACGCCCAUUGCGCUUGCCUGGAGACUGACCUUAGACUCAGCAUCUUUGUCAGAGAGAUAAAAUUCCAAUCUUGGAGCAUCUCUGAUUAGAUUCUGUUGUAAGAACUAUUGUAUUGUAUUAUAUUAUAAGUUGUUGAAAUCUAGGAGUUCAUAUCUGUAAGACAACUUGAAUUAUUUAGUCCUCUGUUUCUUAAUAAUGUGCCAGGUUUCUUAUAUUCCAUCAAGGAUUAUAUGCUUACAUACAAACACUCUGAUCAUUUGGAGGUGAUUGGGUAUAUAGACUCUGAUUUUCGGUGGAUGUAAAGAUUCUAAGAAGUUUACUUCUAGAUAUAUAUUUAUUAUUGCU